UGAUGGAUCCUUCCCAGAAGUUUAGAGGGUGGAGUUGGGAUAUUAGGCCAUCCAAAGAAAACUGAAUCCCAAGGACCACAGCUCCAGAACAUACACUUACUCUCUCUCUCUCUCCUCACACACACACACACACACAAGAGAGUGAGAGACGCAUACCCAAAUCCUUCCUUCUUUUUCAUUCUUUUGGGUGUAUCCUCAUUCGGUAAAAAGAAAGAGGAACAUCGAUUCUUUCUUCCCCUUUAUCAGAGGCUCAGGAAUCACAAGACCUCUCCGAAUUUGCCAUGAUUUGAUCCCUCCAUUUCCCAUUCUUACCCAAAUGGGUUUUCCUAGAAAAGGACUCUUUUCCCUUAUUUUCCUCCUGGUUUGCUUCCAAUCCCAUCUCCAGAAGUCCAGAGCUUCUUCCGAUUACACGACCUUAGUCUACAAAGGUUGUUCCAAGGAAACAUUCACAGAUCCAAAUGGGGUUUACUCUCAGGCCCUUUCCUCCCUAUUCGGCUCUCUGGUCUCCCAAUCGACCAAAACCAAGUUCUACAAAACCACCUCUGGUUCCGGCCAAAACGCAUUAACCGGCCUCUUCCAAUGCCGUGGAGAUCUCACCAACUCCGACUGCUACAACUGCGUCAGCAGACUCCCCGUGUUGGCCGACAAACUAUGCGGCAAGACCAUCGCCUCCAGAGUUCAACUUCUAGGUUGCUACAUGCUCUACCAGGUUGCCGGCUUCGCUGAAAUCUCGGGAAUGCAAAUGCUGUACAAGACUUGUGGGGCGACGAAUGUUGCCGGGGGUGGGUUCGAAGAGAGAAGGGACACGGCAUUCUCGAUGAUGGAAAAUGGGGUUGUGAGCAGCCAUGGGUUUUAUACGACGAGCUACCAAUCUGUGUAUGUGUUGGGACAGUGCGAGGGAGAUGUUGGGGAUUCAGACUGUGGGGAGUGUGUGAAACAAGCUGCUCAGAAAGCUGGCGCUGAGUGUGGGAGAUCUGUUUCAGGCCAAAUCUUUUUGCACAAGUGCUUCGUUAGUUUUAACUAUUAUCCAAAUGGGGUCCCUAAGAGAUCUUCUCCUGCGGUUGCAUCCUCAUCUUCUUCAUCGUCCUCAUCUUCUUCAGGGCAAAAUACAGGGAAGACAGUGGCUAUAAUAUUGGGAGGGGCUGUUGGUGUGGCAUUUUUGGUCAUAUGCUUGCUAUUUGCAAGAAGUCUGAUUAAAAAACAUGACGAUUAUUAACAACUGGAGAUAAUGGAUUUCUGAGGAGUCCAAAUUCUUUUCGCUGUGGAUUCUUUCUGCAUAUUCAGUUUUUGGGGCAGACGAGAUGGAGGUUUUGUGGUGGAGAAAGGAUCAUUCAUCUGGAUCAAGGCUUUCUAUUCAUUAUUCAACGUGGGGACUACUUGUAAGGCUUGAUGGUUUGGUAAGAUUCUGUUGGGAAGAGCAGUAUUAUUACACUUGUUAGAGCAUGAAAGUGAGAACCCUUCUGUCUGUUUUCUUUUACAAAAGGGUGAAAAAUUACCCGAAAGGAACGAAUUUUUGUAAUCCAAGAAAUGGAAGGAUAGAAAAUUUUAGGUGAUCGUCACCUUUA